GAAAAUAAAUGGUAGAGAUAUUUAUGAGCAGAAAAGUACAAGUAGUAUCAUCCAUCAUCUACGUUAUUACACCGCCCACAUAUCACUCCUCCCAUCACCGCCGGAUCACAUUUCUCGAUAUCUCGAACACCACCCCCCGCCCCCCGCCCCCCACCCCCACAGAUUAGUUCUGAUGUAAAUUCGAGAAUUCUGGAAAGUGAAUACAUGCGUGCCGGAGAGCACUACUGCUUCAUAUAUUGGUUCGUGAUCACUGGAAACGUAAAUAGUGGAACACUGUAAUUCUUAUUUUCCAAUGGCGGGUUCGUUGUUGCUCUUGGGUAGUAGUAUACCCCAUCACAUUUGUCGACCAUCGAACAGGCUUUCUUUCAGUUCUGAUCCUCGGAUACACGCGCAAACACGCGCCAAUUACAAACUUCAAUUCAAGGAAGUGCUCUUUUCUAGCCACUCUGUCUGUCGCAAUUAUAAUAAUAAGCUCAAACCAGUUUGUUCUUUAGAUUCACAAAAUGCUCAACCAAUCACUCAGGAACCAGUGGAAUUGAAAAGAGGCAAGGAUUUUGAGCAAUGGGAUUCAACGUCAGCAAAGUUCGCCGCUGCUGCAAAUUUACCGUUUCUGUUAUUGCAACUACCUCAGAUCAUACUCAAUACUCAGAAUCUUCUUGCAGGGAACAAUUCUGCACUUUUGGCUGUUCCUUGGCUGGGUAUGCUUACAGGAUUGCUUGGGAAUCUUUCUCUCGUCUCGUACUUCAUUAAAAAGAUGGAAACUGAAGCGGUGGUGGUGCAAACUCUAGGAGUUUUAUCCACAUAUGUGGUGAUCUUACAGCUGGCUAUGGGUGAAGCUAUGCCUUUCCCUCAGUUUAUUGCCACUUCAAUAGUGGUUGCUUCUGGUCUCGUUCUGAAUUUUAUGAAAUAUUUUAACUUCCUCAACCCGGAAAUAUGGCACAUUUGGGAGGACUUUAUUUUAGUAGUCGGGCUCUCCACACUUUCACAAGUUAUGUGGUCAACUUUCAUCCCUUAUGUUCCAAAUACUGUCUUGCCCGGGGCCAUUGUCUUUGUUAGUGCAGUGAUCGCUGUUCUUAUGUCUCGCAUGGGCAAGCUCUCUGAGAAAGGCGUCAAAUUUCUCGGAUCGAUAUCUGGCUGGACAGCAACUCUUCUUUUCAUGUGGAUGGGUGUUGCACAAAUGUGGACAAAUCUUCUGAAUCCCGACAACAUAAAAGGUUUGUCGGCUGUCUCAAUGUUGCUGGCAAUGAUUGGCAACGGACUCAUGAUUCCACGUGCUCUAUUUAUUCGGGAUUUUAUGUGGUUUGUUGGUUCAGGCUGGGGAUCAGUCUUCUACGGAUGGGGGAAUCUUAUAUGCUUAUUCUGCUUAAAUAGUAUCAGCAAGGAGUUCUUCUUGGCCGCAACCCUCAGCUUUGCUGCUUGGAUAGGAUUGUCAUUCUGGAAAGAUGCACAAGCCCAUGGACUCAGUUCACCGUUGACUUCUUUGAAGGAGCUGGUUUUCGGGCCUUGAUUCUCCUUCCUUCCGUUGAAAAGGGUACAUAAACGCUAAUUAAUUACGAUUUUGUUCGAGUGUGAAACUCGCAUUAAUGGGGCUGAAAAAACAAAUGAUCCCGCAUUUUCCUGCACCUCAAGACUACGUACGCAGAGACGGUUUAUUAUCCAGGUCAACAAAAUGGUAAGUAACUACAUCAAAGAUUGAAAUUACACCGGAUUGUUUUGCAAGUGAAAUUAGGGAUUUAUCGUUAUAUAUAAUUUAGUAUGAGCAUUUUUGCUAUCUAUGACUACGAAUUUAUUUAAAAUACAAAUUUACUUCGGUUUUUUUUU